UCACGACGUUAAAUCAGCCAAGUUUCACUCUGAAACUAACACGUGUCACUAUGGAAAAACCCGCCAGAAACUCCAAAAUUACCAUCGCCACCUUCUUCUUUUCUUUCCUUUUUGUGCCUUUCGGUGCCUAAUUACGGAAAAGGAAACAAUAGAGAGAGAACAUUCUCUCAUUGAUUACACGCAUAAAGCAUCCACAAGCUUCCCCGCCAGAUCUACUAUCUGAAGCAAAACUACACCGUUUUGCGGAGAGAAACCUUAUCGGGUUUUUAGAGAGAGAAAGAGAGGGAUUGGGAGGGGGCGAUGGAGGAGAAACUGAUAGAGAGGCUAGAAUCAGCGGUGGCGCGAUUGGAAGCGCUGUCUUUGAGGAGUGGAGGUGUGGCUUUGAGUGGCGGAGAUGAUUCCGCGGCGACGGAUCCGUCGAUUGUGGCGUUUGAUGAUUUCAUUGGGACAUUCUUUGUUAGGGUUUCGAGUGCCGCGGAAAAGAUUGGAGGGCAAGUUUUAGAAGUCACGAGGAUUCUAGAACAAGCUCUUAAUGUACAAAAGGAACUUCUCAUCAAAAUCAAGCAAACUCGGAAACCUGAUCUUGCAGGAUUGGCUGAAUUUCUCAAGCCAUUGAAUGAAGUGAUCAUCAAAGCAAAUGCGAUGACAGAGGGAAGGAGAUCUGAUUUCUUUAACCACUUGAAGGCAGCUGCUGAUAGUCUCACAGCUUUAGCUUGGAUUGCUUACACUGGAAAGGAUUGUGGUAUGAGCAUGCCUAUUGCGCAUGUGGAAGAAAGUUGGCAAAUGGCUGAGUUUUACAGUAACAAGAUUCUUGUACAGUACAAAAGCAAAGACCCAAACCAUGUUGAAUGGGCCAAGGCCUUGAAGGAUCUAUAUUUACCAGGUUUGAGGGACUAUGUUAAGAGUCAUUAUCCCCUGGGCCCAGUUUGGAGCACUACUGGCAAAGCAACGGCCUCUGCUCCAUCAAAAGCUCCUGCACCUCCACCUCCUCCACCAGCUUCUCUCUUCAGUUCUGAAUCUUCUCAGCCUUCAUCAUCAAAGCCAAAAGAAGGGAUGGCUGCUGUUUUCCAAGAAAUUAGUUCUGGGAAGUCUGUGACUACAGGUCUUAAAAAGGUCACAGAUGAUAUGAAGACAAAGAACCGUGCUGAUAGAACUGGUGUUGUUGCUGUUACUGAAAAAGGAGGCCGCGCUAGUGCACCUUCUUUCUCCAAGGCAGGGCCUCCAAAGCUAGAGCUUCAAAUGGGUCGUAAGUGGGUCGUCGAGAAUCAAAUUGGAAAAAAGAAUUUAGUAAUUGAUGACUGUGAUGCAAAACAGUCUGUAUAUGUUUUUGGAUGCAAAGAUUCAGUUUUGCAGAUUCAAGGCAAAGUUAACAAUAUAACAAUUGACAAAUGCACCAAGAUGGGGGUUGUAUUCACGGAUGUGGUGGCUGCUUGUGAGAUUGUGAAUUGCACUGGUGUUGAGGUGCAAUGCCAGGGUUCUGCCCCAACAAUUUCAGUGGACAACACGGGAGGCUGUCAAUUAUAUUUAAGCAAGGAUUCCUUGGGGGCAUCUAUUACUACUGCUAAAUCUAGUGAGAUCAACGUAUUGGUACCUGGUGCAGAGCCUGGUGGUGAUUUGGCGGAGCAUGCUUUGCCACAGCAGUUCAUUCAUGCAUUCAAGGAUGGCCAGUUUGAAACCACUCCCGUCUCCCACUCUGGAGGGUAAUGGGUCGAGUUCCUGUUGCCGAUGCUGGUUUCUACUUUUCUAUUUUAUUUAUUUAAUUUCUUGGAUGGCUAGGGGUCGCUUCAAUGCAUUUUUUUUCCCCUUUGAUUCGAUUUGAUGUCAAUACAUGAUUGUGACACAUGAUAGAGUGUCUGCUGUUUAUGCCCUUCUUUGUUGCUUGGGUAUAUCACACUUUUGGAAUUUUCUGCGUGAUUUUUAUUUGCAGAGUUUGCCUCUUAGUGCCUGUCGUGUUGCAAAGUUCUUGUAAUUGCCGUUGUGUUGUAAUGAGAACGAGUUGCUGCAUCAUUUUGCGUUGUCAAA